AUGAAUGCCAGUGCUGUUGAUGAAGAUUGCCAAACGUUAUCUCCUACUCAAGAAAUUCUUAGCCCACGGAAACGAAUGCGUUUAGAAAACUCGGCGCGAAAGAGCUGGAGCCUGAUGGACCGUAGGACGGACACAGAAGUUCUGCAAGAAAUGGGUGUCAGUUUAUUAGAACAAGAUGAUAGUGAAAUACAAUGUGAAACUAUUAGUAAGAGUCUAAAGAGAAGACAUGACAUAGAAAAUGUGAAUCCAAAUGUUAACUAUGUGGCAUCACCAAAGAGUUGUAACACUAAAUAUGCUAAGACAAAACUAAGUCCCUGCCCUGGUACUUCGAAAAUUACCCCAAGGAGUUGUGAGAAAGCUCCUCUCCAAGAGAUCCUAGAAACAUCAUUCACAGAUGAAUAUCUCAUUGAAGAGGAGACCCCAUUAAAUCAAAUAGGGGCAGACUGUUAUACUAAAGGGGCAUACAGUGUCACCAGUACUGGAGGACGAAAGCUUAACACUACAUUAAUAGGUGUAGAAGAAGAAGCGAUAUUAUCCCGUCGAUCACGAGAGGAGCCACAAGGAGAAGAUUCCUUUCGUUCGUUAUCAGAUGAAGUCAUACUAAGUGUAUUUAAAUGGCUUCCCAAAAGGACACUCGCUCACUGUAUGAUGGUUUGCAAACGAUGGUAUAGAGUGGCGUGCGAUGAAACACUAUGGCAAAGACUGGACCUAGGAAAUAAGACAUUAUCUAAGAACUCCAUCGGCAGGAUAUUAAGUCGAAAACCUGUUAUAUUAAGACUCUCUAGCUCUGAGAUCGGCACAUGGCAACCAGAAACAGUGACCCCAUCCCGACUUCAGUAUUUAGAUCUAAGCAUGUGUUCAAUAGACUGUGGUACACUCGAAUGUUUGUUGGAACACUGUCCGGCGUUACGGAAGCUCAGUGUUGAGAACUUGAAUUUAAGUAGACGGGCCUUGGGUUUAAUAGGUAAAUGUAAUUAUAUGGAAACGUUAAAUUUAGCGAUGUCUCAAGGAAUAGAUCAAGACGGUCUUAGAGAUAUACUCAAAGGAUGUACUAAUUUACAGUCGCUGAACAUAUCGUGGUGUAAUUUAGCAGAGAGUACUCUCCAGGAACUGGUUGAGACGCUCCCGCAGAAGCUGCUGAGGCUUAAUAUCAGCGGUGCUAGGAAAAUGACCGAUGAAAUGGUAUUAGCUUUAGUGACACGAUGUCCCCGUCUUCUCGAAUUGGAUCUGUCGGACUGUUCUUCACUGGGAAAGGACGCGCUGACCGCACUUCUUCCGCUGUCGAGGCUUGAGCAUUUAGCACUUAGCCGAUGUUACUUAUUACCACCGCAUGCGCUCACUAAGCUGAGCAGUAUGUCGUCCCUGCAGUACUUAGAGGUAUGGGGCAUGUUGCCCUCGACAUCUCUUAACGUACUCAAGACCACUCUUCCAGCUAUACAAAUCAACAAAUUUAUGUUCAGCGCAAUAGCACGACCCACAAUUGGUACGAAACGUACAUCUAUAUGGGGACUUCGUACCAGAGACUGA